CUCAUAGGGCAGCAAAUACAUUAGCUUCGGAUCUCUAGACAAUCGUAGCUGGGUUUUACCUUUUGUUCUUGUUCUCAACUAAGCUCCCGGCUCGAUACACAUACCAUCUUCACACAUUACGAAGGCAUUGCAAACAGAAAUACAUAGAGGACUACCUAGUGUACCUGCCUCAAGCACAUCACACCACAAUGAAGGCCGAAUUCCAAAACUGGUGGCGGAGUCAGACCGUCCAUCCAUCUCGUCUCCAGCCCACAGUAGCUAUCUGCACAUGCGCAGCUUGCUUCAAUGGUACGGGACACGGUCAAGAAGUCUUUAGGGAUCCUAUAGAUCCCGGCGAGGUUCUCCCACCGAGAAGUAAAACGAGCGCUGCCGUCGUUGAGAAGUCGAAGGAGGAAGGGUCCAAAUCGAAACCCACGAAGAAGCCGUGGUAUAAGCAGGCAAGCAGUCUAACCCGUAAGCCAAGCAUGGCAAGCGUGGCUUCAGACUUGGUUCCCUUAUGCUCAGCACCAACGACUUCGACUCAGCAAGUCGGUUAGGAGAUACACGGCCUGAGAUUCAAUUUUGAGUUCAUCAGCAAGGAUGCUGAAUACCUAAUUACCUACGAAGGCGGAAGAAUCCCGAGCACCCUUGCAACAACACCUCGUAAGGCGACGAAGGAAUGAAGAAUUAGGUACCGGCGUGUGAACUUUUCGGCGCAAAGGAGUGUUUAGCGUUUUAUUUUGUUAGCGUUCAGCUGUGGCUGCGGCAACUAGGUGAAAAAUCUAGCCGCUACUUAAUAGCUUGGCCUUAAGGCUUCUGUUAGGUCCAUACCUAUUAAUGUGUGGCGUUACGGUUUAC